CUUUAUCUUGUUUCUCUCUGCCUUCUUUUAAAAGUAAAAGAGGGAAUGGACUUCUGCCGGAAUGUCUCAGUUUCAGGUGGGAUUCCGGCCAACUAUCCGCCGGAGCAACAACUUCUGUCUCCAUCUUGCUCUAAACUCGGCAGCCUUGAUGACCUCUUCUCCGGCCACUCCAUGGAAGAAGGAGAUAUCAACACAGAAUGGCUGUCAAUUUUUGUGGAAGAUUGUUUAUCCAGCAGUGGAAGUUGCAUACCAGUAGCCAUGCCUUUAAAUCCCAUGAGUACAACUUCCGAUGCACAAGGUACAACAACCACAGCAGCAGCAGCAGCAGCAGCAGCAGAAGAAGAAAAAGACUCUGAAAUGAAGAAGAAAAAGAAGAAACCCCAUUUGGGAAACAAUCUUUCCCUGCAUAAAUUGGUUGUACCUUGCAAAGCAAGAAGCAAGAGAAGGAAGAGAAGUCAAUUCAAAGGUACAACUCCAUUAAGCUGGUGUCAAGAUUACCCCAUGAACACAGACCCUCCAUUGCUUCAUCAAGCUUAUUGGUUAGCAGACAGUGAGCUUAUUUUACCAAACAAAAGUACAACUCCUAACAGCAGCAGAAGUGGAGAUUACGGGCAGGGAGUGUACAAGCAGAUAAAGCAUGAAGAAGAAGAGGGCAGCAGCAGCGGGCAGGGAAGGAGAUGCAGCCAUUGUUUGUCUCAAAGAACCCCACAGUGGCGGGCAGGACCAGAAGGGCCAAAAACACUGUGUAAUGCAUGUGGCGUUAGGUAUAAGUCCGGCAGGCUGUUGCCGGAAUACCGGCCGGCGAAGAGUCCGACGUUUGUGAGUUAUAAACACUCGAAUUCGCACAAGAAAGUGUUGGAGAUGAGGAUGUGUUCAUCAUCUUCUUCCUGAAAUGAAAUCAUUUUUUUAUGUUAAAAUUAAUGGAAUUGAAGGAUCUUUUAGGAUUUGAA